AUGUCGUCCGCUGCCACCGAUGCAAGGACUGCUGCUGCUGUCAACGCCGCUGCGGUCACUCGUGACUACACCAUUAACCCUAGAGUUGAGUACCAGACCAUCACUGGUGUCGAGGGACCUCUGGUCAUUCUUGACAAUGUGAAAUUCCCCCAGUACAACGAAAUUGUCAAUCUCACUCUCGCCGACGGCUCCACCAGGCAGGGUCAGAUACUUGAGGUUAACGGCUCUAAGGCAGUCGUUCAGGUCUUCGAGGGCACCAGCGGUGUCGAUAACAAGAACUGCUAUAUUGAGCUCACUGGUGACACACUCAAGAUGCCAAUGUCAGACGAGAUCAUGGGUCGGUCUUUCAACGGCUCUGGUCAACCUAUUGAUAAAGGCCCCCAGGUCUUAGCUGAAGAGUAUCUGCCUAUAAAUGGUUCCCCCAUCAACCCCAAGUCUCGUCAGUACCCUAAGGAGAUGAUCCAGACUGGUCUAUCUGCGUUGGAUACGAUGAACUCAGUCGUUCGUGGGCAGAAGUUGCCUUUGUUCUCUGCUGCUGGUCUUCCUCAUAACGAGAUCGCCGCCCAGGUGUGUCGUCAGGCUCAGCUCGUCCAGG